AUGGAGACCUUCAAUUCUCAAUUCGAGUCUGAGUUCGAGCCAAUGCAAGUGCUGGGAAGGGGUGGCUUUGGACUCGUGUUUGAAGCCAAGCGUAAAUUCGAUGGAAACCAUUACGCAGUGAAACGAAUAUCCUUUCCCGACCUCAAAGAGCGGAAGGAUAAAGUGAUGCGAGAAGUGACGGCACUUUCGCAAUUGGAUCACUCGGGGAUUGUUAGAGACCAACACCUGUUCCCCACCGAAGACAACGCGUCCACACUUCCCGGCGAAUCUUUCUAUGACAAUGAGAGCAAUGAAAUGACGCUUCCGCGCUGUUAUCUCUACAUUCAGUUGCAAUUGUGUAGUAAAGACACGCUUAAGGAUUGGCUCCUAAAUAAUUCACUUAAUCGCGACUCAAAUAAAAUGUUGGAUAUAUUUAAGCAUAUCGUCAGUGCUGUCCAUUACGUCCACUCAAGAGGUUUAACGCAUCGCGACCUCAAACCGUCAAACAUAUUCUUCUCAAUGGACGGCAAUAUUAAAAUCGGAGACUUCGGGUCAGUCACGGCUACGGCUGCCGAUGAGGGGACACACAUUCCCGGCGCUACAUCUCUAACACAAUCCUCCAGUUCUAACACAACUCGGGUCGGAACUAAACUCUAUAUGAGUCCCGAACAGUGCGAUCUUCUUUACAAACUUUUGUCCCACAAUCCGGACGACAGGCCCUCAACCGUUCAGAUUAAAAAACACAACAUUUUUACCAGUAAAUUGAAAACUACCCAGGUUCCCACUUCGAAUUUAAGUAAUAAUGAACCUCUGAACUCGCACAAGAACAACAUGACUAAUUGCAUCAAGAUCCGUGUUACGUACAGCGUGACCACCUGUUCUCUAUUUCAGAGAACUGUUCUCUAUUUGGACACAUUAGCCACUGUUCUCAGAAGA